UCUGUUUUGGCUUCUGUGUUGACUUGUUUUGUAAUAUUAGUUUUUAUUAUUGCAAAAAAUAAAUAAUACAAAAUAAUAAUAAUUAUUGAUGCUGCAGUGCAUGAUGGGAGUGUUUGCUAUGGUGUUACCCAGUAUGCAGUAUGAAGCAUUUUCUUGAUUGAAAUUCACAUGCUGCUUCUUAAUGUCUAUAUGGUGCAGAUAUGCACAUGUCUUUAAAAGAAUUUACUAUGUUUUGGAUUUAAUAUUCCAUCGUCCUGCAGUCGAAUCAGAGAUCUACACAUUUCCACAUCCUAAAUAUGUUAAAGACUUGUUAGCAGACACAGUUCAUCACAGAAGCAACUACUCAAAGUCAAGCUGAAGUAAACCCUGACCUGAUGAUGGCGGCAUCGAACAUUUAAUCCUCUGAUAAAACAUCAAUAAAAGCUUCUGUAGUGUAGCAUCUGACACAAAUAACUGCUGAGUAAUGAGUGAAGCUGGAUUUUAUCUAAGGCCGUGGCUUCAGUGAUUGUUAACAGCAGGUGUUCAUCACUAAUACACAUCAACAUGUACUUAAUCACUUCAUUAUCUUCAGUUCUGGAUCAGUGCUACUUUAACACUAUUUUGAGGCGGUUUAUUUAACAGUAUGCAUGUGCAGGUCUGCUGUUUUAAUUAUUAGUAAUUGUGUUAGUUAGCUUGUUUUGCUCAGUAUUUAAAUGAGUGUUGACGAUAAACAGUUCGUGUGGAUGACACACGGGUUUCAGCACCGCGGACAGCGCUCCACGCACAGUCUUCUGACUGACUGACUCUGAAUGCUGCUGGGCUACACAACAUUUUAUUGGUUGCCAGUCAUGACAGGUUCGAUUUGGAAACCUCCUUCGCACGAUUUGCGCAGACCAGGAAGACCGCUUUAAAACAGGAGAGCUUAGUUUGUUUGAUCUCUACGACACACACCUUAUUCGCCAAGAAAGGACUCGAAGACACGAACGCGACAGACUAUGCGCCUAAAACGACACCUCAGCGUUUGGUAAAUAGACAGAGCGCUAAUAGCGAUGCACUGAGUCGUGCAACCUGUUAGAGCCGCUCUGAAGAUGAAGAUGAAGAAGCAGAACGUGCGCACGCUGUCGCUCAUCCUCUGCAUGUUCUCUUAUCUGCUGGUGGGCGCCGCGGUCUUCGACGCGCUGGAGUCUGAGACGGAGAGCGCUCGGAAGCGCAUGCUGGAGCAGAGGCGCAGCGACAUGAAGAGAAAGUACCGCUUCAGCGAGGACGACUACCGAGAGAUCGAGCGAGUGGUGCUGCAGGCGGAGCCCCACCGCGCCGGCAGACAGUGGAAAUUCGCCGGAUCCUUCUACUUUGCGAUUACUGUCAUCACCACAAUAGGUUAUGGACAUGCGGCCCCCGGCACAGAUGCAGGGAAGGUCUUCUGCAUGUUCUAUGCGGUUCUGGGCAUCCCACUCACACUGGUGAUGUUCCAGAGUCUGGGUGAGAGGAUGAACACCUUCGUCCGCUACCUCCUCAGCCGCAUCAAAAAGUGCCUCGGGCUGCACCGCACCGAGAUUUCCAUGGAAAACAUGGUACUGGUGGGGUUCCUGUCCUGCCUGGGAACGCUGUGCGUGGGGGCUGCUGCUUUCUCACACUUCGAGGGCUGGACCUUCUUCCACGCCUACUACUACUGCUUCAUUACCCUCACCACCAUCGGCUUUGGCGACUUCGUGGCCCUUCAGAAGAAGGAGGACCUCCAGGAGAAGACUCCUUAUGUGGUCUUCAGCUUCAUGUACAUCCUGGUGGGGCUGACGGUGAUCGGAGCUUUCCUCAACUUGGUGGUGCUGAGGUUCCUCACGAUGAACAGCGAGGACGAGAAGCGGGACGCACAGGAGAGGGCCUCGCUGAAGAGGGGCCGUAACCUGACUGCCAUGAGCCUGGGGCAGGAGAAUCACUGCCACAGCAACCUGUUCUUGCCCAUGGAGGAGGGCAGCAGCUGCACCAACCUCAUCCUGUCUCCAGCAGAGGAGCGCGGCAUCUACUCGCCUCUGCCCCUGGCCCUAAAUGCCAGCCAGUCCCAGUCCCAGCUGAGCCUGCUCUGCAGCUGUGUCUGCUAUCACCUGGGCCUCUGCCACAGCUCGGCCCCAGCCCCGGCACCAGACAAGUGCCCCGAGUGCAACAUCAACUCAGUUUACUGCAACUCCAUUUCCUACAGGAUUCAAGGCGCUUCCUCCACCAGGAACCAUACAGUUGUGUCCUCUCCAGGCAGUACGCUUUCCCCUGGCCUCAGCCUCAGAGAUCUGCCACGCUUCAGGAGGAAGUCACUGUAAGGGGAAGGAACUUUUAAGUGUCUGCUUUAGAGAGCGAGAAUGCAGUAGCACAAGUUAGGAAAGGUCAUUUCUAAACACUAAAGAUAAAUGAGCAUGCAUUUAGGACUUGCUAUUAUAUUCAGGGCUGGAGAGUAACAGAGCACAUGGAACUUAACAUACAAAAUAUGAGUGACUGUGUUUCAUUACAGUUGAAGAAGUAUUUUAGAUAACUAACGUGAUUGAUUACUUUGAGUUGUAAUGUAAUGUAUGUCAUUUAAACAUUAAUGUAAACCAUAUAAGGGAAUGAAUGGAAACAACAACUGGUCAUUCUCUGAAUUUAACGCUUUGCAAGCGCAUUCUAAGCUACGUCUUUUCACACCCUUUGCAGGGAUCAUAUAAACUGCAUGUUAUUUUUACUUCUUCCUGUCCUGAAUAAGUUCUUUCACACAGCUGAUAUUUACAUCCUGUCCACCAUUCAGAACUAGAUUUCUAGAAACUGUGGGACUAUUGUCAUGUUUCCAGUCCCGUGUUCUUCAGAAACAUCCUCCAGCUCCUCACUUUCUCAGGUUUUCCAGCAUCUCGUGCUGAUCAACAAUAACUAGAAUCCAUGGUUUCACUCACAGUUAUUAUAAAAGUCAAUACAUUCACUGAUUCUCAAGAGAGAAACGGUGCUUUAAGAGCCGGGAUGUAAGCUUUUGUUACUGCCCUUUGAAAUGUAAUUCCCAGAAAGAAAACUAAAAAGUACAAUUUAAUGUAUCUUGCUGCCUUUUUUAAAGAUUGUCUGCACUUUUUCCAUUGUAAGAAAUAUCGUGGUAAAUUUGUUUUUGUUUAAAAUCAUAUGCAGAGGAAAACCUACUUUUGCAGAUGUCAUUUUAAUUACCCUUAUUUUGUAAUCUACAGUAAAAAACAUUUGAAAUAGAACCCUGACUACAAUGUCCAUGGAGAUGCCUAUGGUAAAUCAACAUAUCAUUCAAACCCCUUUUACAACACGUACAGAAAGAAAGAUGCUUCAGUCAUGUGAGCUGUACUGAACUAGGACCUGCACGAUACGAGAGACGGAUCUUCCCAUCAUUGUGCCUUUGGAGACCUCACUCACUUCACUCAUCAAAUACAUUUAAAACUUCUGUGCUCAGAAGCGGAAGUCAGUCAUAUCGUACACAAUUGAUUUCAGUGUUCAAGUACGUGCAUGUUUGGGUUGUUUUGCAAUGCUUGCACAAUGUGUAACAAUUACUGCCUUUGUCUAUGCUCAUUAAGUUACUGUGUUUUUAUUAUUGUUAAUGUUCUUCAGUAGUUUAGCAUGUAACCAGAACAGGAAAAGUAUGACCAAUUCAGCACAGAAAUCAAACUGAACCUGGUCUACAGAAGUCUAAAAUGAAAUUUCUUAUGGAAAUAAUUUUGACAGUGAGUGUACAAUUAAAAACCCUCAGCAAGAUCAACAGUAUGUUUUCAAUUAUCUGACUGUGUGAUGUUUAAAGAGAGCCAUUUACUGUAAAUGAAUUGUCCAUUAACUUGCGAAAUAAACAGUUGACCACUU